AUGUUUCGCGGAGUCCGAGCCAUCCACAACGCCGUUCUUGAGACGCAGCAGAAGCUCGCACGAAUAUUACAGCAGAAGCCCGAACUUCAACAAUUAGUGCUGGAACUCAAGGGCAUCUUAGAGCAGGAAGGUCUGGAUCUCCAGGGGCAGACGAUGCCCUCGAAACUUCAGUUGCUACGGCUGUUCAUGAAACCAGAAGUAAGAGACGCGGCGACGAAGUUAACAGCAGCUUUCCAGGAGGCCGGUAUAAACCCACAAGAAAUGAUGGGACAGAUGAUGGCCAUGCAGAAGUUCUUCGGUGAUUUGAAGAAGUAA